AUGGAGAGGCAGGCGUCGUCGACGGAGUGCUGGCACGACGACGUGGAGGCCGCGAACGCGGAGCUGCGCGCCGCGGAGGCGGAGCUCGAGCGGGCUAAGCAGAGGAUCCUGGCGGCAGAGCGGGCGGUCGGCGUCGCCCGACGGCUGAAGAUACUCAUUGCUGCUGCCAUUGGCGCCUACUACACGCGCGACAUCAACGUGGCGCUCGAGAACGACCCGCACGUCGUCAUAUUCUGCACCUCCGUCUUGUCCACGGCGAAGGUCCUUGAGAAGUUCCCGAAGGAGGCGCUUGCAGGCAGGCUGGUGGUCGACGUUCUCUCCGUCAAAGAGUAUCCCAAGAGCUUGCUGCUCGAGGAGAUGCCUUCGUCGGCCGACAUCCUCUGCACGCACCCGAUGUUUGGCCCCCAGUCCGGAAAGGACGGCUGGCAAAACUUGCCCUUCGUGUACGAGAAGGUGCGCAUAUCGAGCCCGAGAGGCGCGGUCAUUUGCACGGAGUUCUUGCGCAUUUGGUCGGACGCAGGAUGUAGAAUGGUUGAAAUGACUUGCGAGGAACAUGACCGGCACGCCGCGGCUACGCAGUUCAUCACACACACCACCGGUCGGUUGCUAGCUGAGUUGGCUCCUGAGACUACUCCGAUCAAUACGAAGGGCUACGAAUCCUUGCUCCAAUUAGUUUCCAACACUACUGGAGAUUCGUUCGACUUGUAUUGUGGCCUGUUCUACUAUAACUCUUUCUCUAAGGCGCAGUUGGAGAAGCUGGAAGAUGGCCUUAAGCGUGUUAAGGAGUCGCUUUUCGCUUUUGAAGCAGAGCAAAUAAAAGAAGAUGGUGGACCUCAAGCGAAAUGGGUGUUGUCUCCAUCAGGCUCGAAACCUGCUUGUAGUGGUAAAGCUGGCGUGUCGCAGUCAUAG